UGUGUGUGUGUGGCGGGGGCAGGUCUGUGAGCGGGGCCGGGCUGGCUCCAGGCCCUCGCCCAGCCGUGCUGUGGGGCAGGUGAGCACCUCUUCACGGACACGCCGCUGCCGGACCUGGCCGUGGGGCUGGUGCUGCUGGCCGGGUCCCUCGUCGUGCUCUGCACCUGCCUCAUCCUCCUGGUCAAACUCCUCAACUCCCUGCUCAAGGGGCAGGUGGCCAAAGCCAUCCAGAAGGUCAUCAACACUGGUGAGUGGGACGGGGACCACCGUGGGAUGAGUGGGAUGGGGGCCCACCUGCUCCAGCCUUCCCUGCCUGCCCCCAGCCACCCCCAGGCCCAACCCUGGCUGCCCCUAACCCCCAGCCCUGCCUGGUCCCCAAGUCCCCUGUCCCCAUCCCUACCUGCUCCCCGCUCUGCUUAUGGCUGUCACAUCCUCCUGGUGUCCACGUCCCCCUUCCCCAUCCACCCUGGCCACCAGCCUCCUGCCUGCCCCAAGCCUGGCCCUAUAUGCAGCAUCUGCCCCCCCAGCUCCCUCCCCAGCACCGUGUAGGAGCUUUGGGCUGCUCCCAGCUGAUGUUCCCCUCUCUGUGUCCGUGUCUGUGCCAUGGCAGACCUCCCCCACCCGUUCAGCUGGCUCACCGGGUACUUUGCCAUGGUGGUGGGCGCUGGGAUGACCUUCGUCGUGCAGAGCAGUUCUGUCUUCACCUCGGCCAUCACGCCCCUAAUCGGUGAGUCCCAGCCGAGCCUGGUUCCCUGCCACCUGCUGGUCCCCACCACGGUGGCCCACGGGUGCUGCGGUCCUCAGAUUUGUCCCCCCAAUGGAGAGCACGGGGUGCUGGCAGGCGAUGCAAUGGCAUGGGGUGCCUGUCCCACAGGCUUGGGGGUGAUCAGCAUUGAGCGUGCCUACCCGCUGACCCUCGGCUCCAACAUCGGCACCACCACCACUGCCAUCCUGGCCGCCCUGGCCAGCCCGGGGGACAAGCUGGCCAGCUCCUUCCAGGUACGGGCAGCCGGGGGACUGGGGGAAGCCCACACACCCCCGUGCCCAGGCUGACGAGGCAGCUGUCCCCGCAGAUCGCCCUCUGCCACUUCUUCUUUAACAUCUCCGGCAUCCUGCUGUGGUACCCGCUGCCCUUCACCCGCCUGCCCAUCCGCAUGGCCAAGGCGCUGGGCGAGCGCACGGCCAAGUACCGCUGGUUCGCCGUGCUGUACCUCAUCGUCUGCUUCCUCCUGCUGCCCUCCCUCAUCUUCGGCAUCUCCAUGGCAGGCUGGCGGGUGCUGGUGGGGGUGGGCGCCCCCUUCCUCGGCCUCCUCUUCUUCGUGGGCCUGGUGAACGCGCUGCAGGCGCGCAGCCCCGGCCGCCUGCCCAAGUGGCUGCAGACCUGGGACUUCCUCCCGGCCUGGAUGCACUCGCUGCAGCCGCUCGACAACCUCAUCACGCGCGCCGCGCUGUGCUGCACCGACCGCUGCCGCAGCCCCGAGGGCUGGGACGAGCGCGAGGGCGCAGCCCGCGACAAGGCCAGGCUGGGGCUGGACAACCCCGCGCUCUCCUACCCCGAGGAGAUGCCGGGUCCCGCGGUCCGGGUGGGCUCCCCCCGCCUGCCCCCGCACGGCGCCACCCGCCUCUAGUUGGUACCGGGCUCCUGGCCUCUGCGCUGGUUUCCAGUGUCCCCGUUCAGCUGGUGUCUAAUAAAGGCCGAGCACCCAGGUGUGUGAGGCUUCACCUGCCUGCCCCAGGUGUGUGAGACUUCAGCUCCUGACCCUGCAAGUCCUGCUGGACGCCCACCGUCCGCACCCGUGUCUGUACAUCGCCCACACACAGCCUCGCAGCCUGCCCCGGGGCUGCAUGGGUGCCCAGCACUGGGGGAGCACCAAGCAUCUUCCUCCACCUCCCUCGUCCCCAGAGGGCUGAGCCGGUGGUACAGGGUUGGUGUCACAUCGCCCAGUGUCACGGCAGCGUGUUGGUGAGCUGGACACGGCAUAGGGCAGCCAGAGAGGUGCUGUGGGUUGGGGCUCAGCAGGAUGCUGGCACAGCACCACAGCGCAGUGCCCCAGCCCCACAGUACGAGCCCACCACCCUCCCGGUGACCCUGGCCGGAGCUCUUUAAGCACUGGCAAGAACUGCUUCUCCCACUGCCCACAGAUGCUUGGGCUCCUGCCAGAGAUAGCAGCCGUCCGGCCGUCCCUCCCUCCCUGCUUCCCGCCCUCCCUCCUCCCCAGGGCUGGGACGAAACGGGCUGCCCGAGCCAGCGGGGCUGCCGCCGAGCCGCUGCCGGCUGUUGUGGGGACAGCACGAAGGCAGCGGGCUGGGGGACACCGGUUCUGCCCCGCCGGACCGGGUCAGAUCAGGAGCCGCGGUGGCCAGGACGCCUGGGCGGUCGGUGAUGGAGGGGCCGAGCGGCGAGAGGCUGCGGUGAGCGGGGAGCACGCAGCGGGGGGCAGCCCCAUGGGGAUUCAGCCACCAGAGGGGCUGGGGCCGGGCCAGCAUGGAGGCCGCCGGCGCCCUCCCCAAUGCCUCCGGUAACGGCAGCCACGCCGGCAGCCCCCCGCACGGCCCGGCGGCCACGGGGCUCAUCCUGCUGGCCGUCCUCGCCGUCCUGCUGGCCACACUGGUGGGCAACGCGCUGGUGGUGGCGGCCGUCUCCACCAGCCGGGCCCUGCGUGCCCCGCAGAACCUCUUCCUGGUGUCCCUGGCUUCGGCGGACAUCCUGGUGGCCGUCCUCAUCCUGCCCUUCUCGCUGGCCAACGAGGUGAUGGGCUACUGGUACUUCGGCAGCCUGUGGUGCAGCCUCUACCUGGCGCUGGACGUGCUGCUCUGCACGGCCUCCAUCGGGCACCUCUGCGCCAUCAGCCUCGACCGCUACUGGGCCGUCACCCGGGCGGCCCGGCUCAACCUGCGGCGCAGCCCCGGCCGCGUCAAGGGGAUGAUCGGGGCCGUGUGGGCCACGGCCGCCCUGGUGGCCCUGCCGCCCCUCUUCAAGGCCCGGCCGCGGGCGCGGGAGUGCGAGCUGAGCGACGAGACGUGGUACGUGCUGGCCUCCUGCGUCGCCUCCUUCUUCGCCCCCUGCCUCGUCAUGGUCACCGUCUACUGCCGCAUCUACCGCCUCACCACGCGCAGGAACGCCGCUGUCCUCGCCGCCCGCCGCGGCUCGGCGCCGUGCCCCGGGGAGGCGAGCAGGAGGGCGUCCUGGGCCGCGGCACCGGGCCGGCGGCGCCGGAGCCAGCACCACAGCGUGUCGCUGUGCCGGCGGCGGCUGGUGCGGGUGCGGGAGCGGCGCUUCACCAUCGUGCUGGCCGUGGUCAUCGGGGCCUUCGUGCUCUGCUGGUUCCCUUUCUUCUUCACCUACAGCCUGGAGGCCGUGUGCGGGGAGGGCUGCCGCGUCUCCAAGCCGCUCUUCAGCUUCUUCUUCUGGAUCGGCUACUGCAACAGCAGCCUCAACCCCGUCAUCUACACCGUCUUCAACAGGGAUUUCCGCGCCGCUUUCCGCAGGCUCCUGGCAGCCCCUGGCCGGCACGGCUCCUAGAGCCCCCCAGGACGGACAGCUGGGACACGGAGGGCUGUGCUGCUGAUCCUGACCUCGAGGUACUUUCAGAAAUGCAGGAUGUUGCAGGAGGGUGAAUAAAAAAGGACAGAUUGCACGCCCGGGGCUGGUGUCUGCCUCCCAGGAGCCUGGUGAGCUGCCCCUGUGGGCACGCAGCCCUGUUCCUCUCCCAGGUUGUCCCAUUUCCCCCUGCCACCUCUUCCAGCAUGGGUGACCCGUCAGAGGUGACAACUCGUGUGGCACCUCCGGUGAGUGCCAGCGCUCCCUGCCACCCCCACCAGGCAGGGACAGCCUGAGCUGGCUGGAUUUGCCCAAGAACAAGCAAACUCCAGCUCCUCUGCAUGCAUUUGGCCCCAAGCAUCCUCAUAUAAAGCACAGGGACAGACCCUGUGGCUGCUGUGUGGGACACAAAACCCUCAUGUGGCAGCACCACGGGUGCUGGGCUGAGCUGGUCGUGCCACACAGCAUCCCAGUACCGGCCCAGUGCCUCCACCAGGGCUCCCCAGGCUGUCCUCUCCAGCACGGAGCUGUGCCAUGCCAUGGGGGCACGAGGGGUGCUGGGCUGGGGCAGGACACCCUACUGCCUGUUCGGGGGCUUCAGCGGGAUCUCGCUGCAGGAGGAGAGGCCGUCCUCUCCUGGGAGAGUGCAGGAGAUGGGGUCAUGCAGAAACACACCGCCUCACGGCCCGGGGCACGAGGGGGUAAUUGUGGGGUGAAGACCGGGGGCAACCACAGCCCCCAUGGGCAGUGCCCGUGCUCGGCAGGCCAGCCCGGCCCCGCUGCUCCGCGCAGACACGCAGGGGUCAGAGGCGCCUCGACUUCUCCAGCUUCGCAGCUCAAAAUAGAAAAUCUCAAAACAUCAAACUUUCACUCGGCUAAAAACAGCCGCCGGCGCCUGGGAGCCGGAUCCUGAGGAACGCCGGCCCCAGGCCAGCCCCGGGGACCAGCAAGGGAUGCGGGCACUCGGGUGGUGAGGGGCAGGUGGCCCCGGUCGGGUCGGCGUGUGGCACCAGCGCCAGGCACGGCCCCGCUCCCCACGGGGAUGCUGUGGGAUCGGGCCCGGCACUGGCAUGGUUUGGACGGAAGGAGCUGCCCCUAUCGCCACUGCCUGCUUCCCCUCCUGCGGCCGGCCUUUCGCCUUUUCACAAUUAACCAGCACUUUGCGGCUAAAAAUACCCGGGGUAGGGCACGUGAGGGGUGCACAGCCAGGGAGAGACACAGCAGGAUGCGCAUCGCAACCCACGGCAGGCAGGCCAAGCAGGCUGCCCCAUCCCCUCCAUGUCCCUUUCCAUUCAAAGUUUGUUCGAGGACUGCUUUACCCCCCACAGCACGACCCUUAUUUCUGCUCAGCUGGCGAGCUGCUGAGACACAGGCACUGCCGGGAGAACAAUUCCCCUGCGAGCACCGAUUAUUCCUGCCCCCGUGCAGUACCUGCGCCUGUCGGCAUUGAACCGCAUCCUGUGUUGUCAUGCUGUUUCUCUGAUUUGUCAAGAUUAUUUUUGAAUUAUUACCCUGCGCUGUGACACGCGUGGGUUUGCAGCCCUCUCCCCCUCCAGCCGGGCUGCCACCGGCUCUGCUGGGGGGCACCGGGACCCUCGUGCGUGCUCCGACACCGUGCUGCGGGCAGCAACGCCUGCCCGCGGUGCUGCAAAAUGCCAGCUAGGAGGAAACUGAAAGCUGCACUUCAGGGGUGAGCGUGCAGACGCACGAAAACAAAGUCAUUGCAUCUGCGGCUCAAAAUAAGCAUAUGCCACCUUUAAAAGGAAAAGAGCUCUAAAAGAAGAACGCGCUCAGCGUGACCUCAUC